CCCUUCUCUCUACCUCCCUCCCUCUCUCUCUCUCUCUCCCCGACGAUCCCAAACAACAAGUAGCAGUACCACUACUAUCUCCCCUCAUUACCACUUCCAUGGCCAUGGCAACCCAAGCUGGUCUCUUCACCCCAACCCUCUCUACUCCAAAUUCAGGCAACCGUGCCCUUGUUCCGUGGAAACCAUCAUCGUCGUCGUUGUCGUUCCUCAGUCCUAGGCCUCUCAACCUGUCUCUGGCACAUCGGACUAUCAGGGCUUCAGCCGCAGAUGGGAAGACUGAGGCCCCUCCAGCAGAGGCUCCUGUGGGUUUCACCCCACCUGAGUUGGACCCCAACACACCGUCUCCGAUCUUCGGCGGAAGCACUGGUGGAUUGUUACGCAAGGCACAAGUCGAAGAGUUCUAUGUGAUUACAUGGGACUCCCCCAAGGAACAGAUAUUUGAGAUGCCCACCGGAGGUGCAGCCAUAAUGAGGCAGGGCCCUAAUUUGCUCAAAUUGGCUAGGAAGGAGCAGUGCUUGGCCCUUGGAACUAGACUGAGGUCCAAGUACAAGAUCAAGUACCAAUUCUACAGGGUCUUCCCUAAUGGAGAGGUCCAAUAUCUUCACCCCAAGGACGGAGUCUACCCCGAGAAGGUGAACCCCGGCCGUCAAGGAGUUGGGCAGAACUUCCGAUCAAUCGGAAAGAACGUCAGCCCCAUCGAGGUCAAGUUCACCGGCAAGCAAGUGUAUGACUUGUGAAGUGAGGCGAGGGGUGCUUAGUGAGUUAAUGUAUUUGAGAUUAUGUGAUUAUUUACUCUUGUUUUGUGUACCUUUGUAUUUUACUUCUGAUCACAAUCUUCAGUGAAAACAUAGCUAGCAUAAGUAUUGUGUAAUUGUGUAAUUUUCUUAAUUUCUCCAUCUAGUUGAAUACUCAGGCCCGUUUUUUC